AUUUUCUUUAAAAUUUAAAAAAUUUCCAAAAACACUAUAGAAAUUGUUAAAAUAAAAUUAAACUAAACGUUUGUUUUCACAACACUACCCUACAAAAAUGGGGUGUUUACACCCCCUGGUAUUACUGCUGCUGGCAGUGGGUCUGCAAAUAGUUAUAAUACAAGCCAAAGGUUAUUAUUAUUCUGAAUGCAAUCCUAAUGAAUUCAAGUGCAACUCUGGCGAUUGUAUUGAUGGCAGCAAACGUUGCAACCGUAUCAUGGACUGUCCCGAUGGUGAUGACGAAGAUGAAAGAUGUCAUUUCAAUGCAAAUUUUAAUAAAACGCGCAAUUUGGCUGAAUGUUUAAGUUUUCAAUUUCAAUGUGCCGAUGGCAUCUGCAUAGCGGGCUAUAAAUUAUGCAAUGGCAUUACCGAUUGUCUAGAUGGUUCCGAUGAAAUCAAUUGUCCCCUCAAUUAUGAUGAAGCUAAUUAUGAAGAUUUUAUACCAGAGGAUCCCAUGAAUUCCUGUGAUAUUUAUGAAUUUGAAUGUGAUUAUUCGCGUUGUAUACCAAUUGAGAAAAAAUGUGAUGGUUAUCCAGAUUGUGAUGAUGAAACCGAUGAAAUUGGUUGUCCACCUUUUACAGAUUGUAAUAGUAAUGAAUAUGAAUGUGAUGACAAUUUAUGUAUUUUACGUAAUCAACAAUGUGAUGGCGUACAAGAUUGUAGCGAUGGCACCGAUGAGAAAAAUUGCACAUUCUGUCGCGAUCAAGCAUAUCUUUGCAAUACGGGUGAAUGUAUUUUAGAUAAAUUACAUUGUGAUGGUCACACUGAUUGUGCUGAUGGUAGUGAUGAGCACAAUUGUGAAAUUUUUAAAGAUUGUCACGCUGAGCAACUUAAAUGCGAUGGCAAAUAUGAUUGUGACGAUGGCUCCGAUGAACAGGGUUGCGAUGAUCGUAACAGAGAUCAGUUUAUAAUAAGAUUUAAAAAUGACACCUGUCGUACGGAUCAAUGGAAAUGUGAUAAUUCUGAUUGUAUUGCUAAGAACCGAUUUUGUGACGGUUACUUUGAUUGUAAGGAUCAUUCCGAUGAAGCACCCAAUUAUUGUGUAGGCAAGGUCACAACCGUCUUAACACCCGAGGACUGUAACGAAGAUCAAUUCUUCUGUGAUGAUGACUGUCAUCCCAAUACUAUACGUUGCAAUGGCCACUCUGACUGUGCUGAUCGUAGCGAUGAAGAGGGCUGUGCUCGUCCCACACGCCGUCCACCCACCUAUCCCUGUCCUCAGCAUACCUGCCCCAAUGGUCAGUGUUAUAGUGAGAAUGAACGUUGUGAUGGUAUUUCUCAAUGUGAUGAUGGUUCUGAUGAAGCUGAAUGCUGUGCUGCUGAUCAAUUCCGUUGCCGUAACGGUGAUUGUGUACCCGGUUAUGCCCACUGUAAUGGUCGUACUGAAUGCUUUGACCGCUCUGAUGAAGAAGACUGUGCUGAUCCUAUUCCAGCUUAUCCCAGCCGCUGCUCGGCUAGUCAAUUCCGUUGUGACAGUGGUCAGUGUGUUAGUGCUUUGGCCAGAUGUAAUGGUUACACUGAUUGUCUUGAUUCUUCUGAUGAGAAACAUUGCACUUCUGUACCCACCACAGCCAGUCCCCAAUUGAACUUGAAGACUUAUCCCGAUAAUCAAAUCAUCAAAGAAAGCCGUGAAGUUAUCUUCCGUUGUCGUGACGAAGGUAUGUUACGUGCCAAGGUUAGAUGGACUAGACCCGGUGGCCGUGCUUUGCCCGUGGGUGCUCGUGAUAAGGAUGGUCGUUUGGAAAUUCCCAAUAUUCGUGUUGAAGAUUCUGGCACUUAUAUUUGUGAAGCUGUGGGUUAUCCACGCCAUGUUGCUGGACAACAAGUCUCCGUACAAUUGACCGUAGAGAAAUUCAAUCCUCGUGAUGAUCGUUUGCCCUCAGCCUGCUCCAAUACUCAAGCCACCUGUUUGAAUGGUGAAUGUAUUGAUAAGUCUCAAAUUUGUGAUGGUAUUCCUCACUGUUCGGAUGGUUCUGAUGAACAUAGCUGUUCACAUGGUCGUAAAUGUCAUCCCAAUCAAUUUAGAUGCCGUAACUCUAAGUGUGUUGAUCGUGUCUGGCGUUGUGAUGGUGAAGAUGAUUGUGGUGAUAAUUCCGAUGAAGAAAGUUGUGAUCCCGAACCUUCUGGAGCUCCUUGCCGUUAUGAUGAAUUCCAAUGCCGCAGUGGUCACUGUAUUCCCAAAUCCUUCCAGUGUGACGAUACCAAUGAUUGUCGCGAUGGUUCUGACGAAAUCGGUUGCAUGGCCCCCGAUAAGAUCCGUGAUCCUCCACCAACUGCCAUCUUGAAACAGGGUGAAUCUUUGAACUUGACUUGUGUUGGUGUUGGUACUCCCACUCCAGUUAUUGUUUGGCGUUUGAAUUGGGGUCAUGUUCCCGAAAAGUGUGUUACCAAGAGUUUCAGCGGUACCGGCUCGAUCUAUUGUCCCGAUAUGCAGGUGGGUGACAGUGGUGCCUACUCUUGUGAAAUCAUCAAUACCAAGGGCAGUAAAUUCGCUACCGAUACUUUGGUUACCGUCGAAGCUCCCUCUCGCCCUGGUGUUUGCCCUGCCGGUUUCUUCAAUAUGUUGGCUCGUCGUCCUGAGGAAUGUAUCAACUGUUUCUGCUUUGGCAUUACCAAGACUUGCAAAUCUGCUGAACUUUUCAACUAUGCCAUACAGCCCCCAAUUACCUCUCAUCGUGUUGUUGAUGUGGAACUUAGUCCCUACAGCAACAUUGUCAUUAAUGAAGCUCCCACUUCGGGUAUUAUGAAUUUAAGACAUGGUGUUCAAUUCCGUGCUACUGAUGUUUUGUAUGGUAGCCGCAGUGCUCCUUACUUGGCCUUGCCAUCGGACUAUAUGGGCAAUCAAUUGAAAUCUUAUGGUGGUUUUAUUAAAUACGAUGUCAGCUUUAUGGGUACUGGUCGCCCCACCAAUACUCCUGAUGUUAUUGUUACUGGCAAUGGCUUCACUCUUACCUACCGUUCUCGCAUGCAACCUCAACCCAAUGUUGUCAAUCAUAUGGAAAUCCAAUUCGCUCCUGGCCAAUGGAAGAAACCCGAUGGUCGUGUAGCCACUCGUGAAGAAAUCAUGAUGAUUUUGGCUAAUGUUGAAAAUGUAUUGAUACGUUUGAGUUAUAUUGAUGCCACCGAAAGACAAGUAGAAUUGACCAAUAUCUUAAUGAACUCAGCUGGUGAACAUGAUCAAGGCUUAGGUCAAGCUUCGCUGAUUGAAAAGUGCUCUUGUCCUACCGGUUAUGUGGGUGAUUCUUGCGAAACUUGUGCUCCUGGUUUUGUUAGACAAGCUGGCGGUCCCUGGUUGGGUCGUUGUGUACCAUAUACUCCCGAACCUUGCCAGCCCGGCACUUAUGGUGAUCCUCGCCGUGGCAUACCCUGCCGUGAAUGUCCUUGCCCUCAGACUGGUUCUAAGAACUUUGCUUCUGGCUGCUCUUUGGGUCCCGACAAUGAAGUUACCUGCAACUGUAAUGAAGGCUAUACCGGCAGACGUUGUGAAUCAUGUGCUCCUGGCUAUUCUGGUCAUCCUUUGACUCCUGAUGGUCGCUGCUAUCCCAUACCCGAAAGUACCUGCAAUGCUGAAGGCACCUACUCUGUUAAUGCCGAUGGCAGCUGUACCUGCAAACCUUUGGUUACAGGUCCUCGCUGUGACAGCUGCAAGGCUGAUUCCUUCCACUUGAAUGCCUUCACAUACACCGGCUGCAUUGAGUGCUUCUGCAGUGGCUUGCCCACUAGCUGUGGCAGCAGUUCCUGGUACCGUGAUCAAAUCUCUUCAUCAUUUGGCCGCUCCAGUGCUCCUCAUGGCUUCGGUUUGGUCACCAACUACAAUACCGAUAAGCCAACCAGUGUCAGAUUCAUUCAGUCCGGCAACUUCUUGACAUUCUCGGAACCCAGAACUUCGGAAACUUUAUACUGGCAAUUGCCCGCCCAAUUCUUGGGCAACAAGAUCACUGCCUAUGGUGGUAAAUUGAAUUAUACCUUGAGCUACACUGCCAUGCCUGGUGGUCUCAUGUCACGCAGCACCUCUCCCGAUGUGGUCAUUAAGUCUGGUGAAGAUUUAACCAUUAUCCAUCACCGCAGAAGCAACAUUAGCCCCAGCUCCUCCAACUCUUAUUCCGUGCCCAUUAUUGAAAGUGCUUGGUACCGUUCGGAUGGUCAACCUGUCAACAGACAACAUUUGUUAAUGGCUCUUUCCAAGAUUGAGGCCAUCUACAUUAAGGCUACCUACACCACCAGCACCAAGGAUGGUUCUCUAACCCAAGUUGUUAUGGAUAUUGCUACACCCACUAAUUUGGGCACUGCUCGUGCUGUGGAGGUAGAAGAA